AUGAAUGUAUUGGUCUGUCCUUCUGGAUUCAAGGGGAGUAUUGACCCUCCGACUGCGGCCAACUGCAUCGAGGCUGGCAUCAUGCGGGCACUACCGUCUGCCAAGAUACGCAAGGUACCACUCGCGGAUGGCGGCGAAGGCUUUGCACAUGCCCUGGUUGCUGCUGCGGGUGGAAAAAUGCGCAAGACCAUUGUCACUGGUCCUGUUGGUAUACCGAUUCCCUCCUUCUAUGGGGUCGUCGAACUGGGCCAGUCCAAGGCAGCGGUUAUUGAGAUUGCAGCUGCUGCUGGGCUGAGCCUAGUACCUCGCGACAGCCGAAAUCCAUGUAUUACAACCACAUUUGGGGUAGGGCAACUGAUAGCGUCUGCGCUGGAUGAAGGGGUGCAGCGUAUCAUUGUGGGCUGCGGAGACUCUGGCACCAGUGACGGUGGGGCCGGAAUGCUUCAGGCCCUUGGGGCACGAUUGAUCAGUCGCGAUGGUACUGAAAUCCCUUGUGCUGGAGGAGGCCAGUCAUUGAUGUCCCUUGAGAGUGUCGACCUUUCCGGGUUACAUCCUCGCCUGAAUGAAGUCAAGAUCGAGGUUACCUGUAACUGGAAGAACGUCCUCUGCGGGCCGAACGGAGUGGCAUGUGUCUAUGGUCCACAGAAAGGCGCGUCUCCCAAACAGACAGAGGUGCUACAGGCUGCGUUGGAUAUUUAUGCGUCUGCUUGUAAGCGCAUUUUGGGCCGUGACAUAUCUGAGAUGCCCGGAAGUGGGGCGUCCGGUGGGUUAGGUACUGGCUUGCUGCUCUUAGGUGCGAUGCUUCGUCCACGGUAUGAGGCCAUCAUGGAGUAUUUCAAUAUUGAAGAACUGUUUGAAGAUUGCGAGCUGGUAUUCACUGCCGAGGGGGGUAUUGAUUACCAGACUCCGAGAGGAAAGAUCCCAGCGGAGGUUGCGAUACGGGCGAAGAAGUAUCAGAUCCCGGUCAUUGUGCUAGCCGGUACGAUUGGAGACGAGGCAGAGGUGAAUUACGACGUUGGAAUCAAUGCGUAUGCCUCAAUCCUCCAGCGGCCAUCCACUCUGGAAGAGGCUAUUGCGGAGGCUGAACGACUCUUGACAGAGAGUGCAGAAGGCGCAAUGCGUAUGGUUGUUGUUGGCCGCAAGUUGGCCAGAAGGUGA